AUGGGAGCACGGUUGUCGCUCUUGGCGCCCUCUGCGGCCACAGUAGCGAUCUCGUCCUAUGUAGACGUUCUAGAGUCCUUCCAGUACGUGGAGCUCCUCAACAACUCCCGUUUUCUUAAAACGAUAAAGGCUGUGGAUACCAAGUCAGGCAAUCUCGUUAUCAUCAAAAUUCUCAUCAAACCAACACAGACUGCCUCGUCCAAUUACAGUCUUCGACUCGAAGAAGUCACAGAAUUGCUAGCCAAACUGGCUUCAGUCGUAGCACCAUUCCACAACGUUUUGCCCUGGCACAAGAUCAUAGAAACUGACAGGGCUGGCUAUAUCAUCCGGCAGAUGGCAAAGACCAACUUGUAUGAUCGACUUUCACUUAGGCCAUUUCUAGAUCCCGUAGAGAAGUUGUUUUUAGUAUUUCAGAUGUUGAAAAUAGUAAGCGACCUCCAUUCUCUACAUGUAAGACACGGUGAUUUAAAGCUAGAAAACUUCCUUGUAACCUCAUGGAACUGGCUCAUGGUGGCAGACUUUGCCGAAUACACAAAACCAACGUAUAUCCCCGAGGAUAAUCCAAAUCAGUUCUCGUUCUACUUUGAUAGUUCGGACAGAAGAGUAUGCUAUUUAGCUCCAGAGAGGUUCUACAACACUAACGAUAACACCAAUGUAAUACAAAACAUCGACGAUGAUGGUCACUAUUCUGGAGUCAACAGGCUUACGGAUGAAAUGGACUUGUUCAGUUUAGGCUGUGUAGUAGCUGAAUUGUAUUCAGAUGGUGAACCAACCUUCACUUUGGCCCAGUUGUUCAAAUACAAGAGAAACGAAUUUGUACCUGACUUGAGUUCGAUUGAGGAUAAUGACAUCAAACUAUUGAUCAACCAACUUAUCCAAUUUGACCCGGAGAAAAGAGUAGCUGCUCAAGAAUUGAUCGACUCCUACAAGGAUAAAUGCUUUCCUAAUGUAUUCUACAACUUCCUUUAUGACUUCAUGGCAGACUUGAACAAUAACGAGCUAUAUACGUUAGACAAAAAUGAUGACAACGCUUCCAUCAACGACUUGAAGCUAGACAGGAUAUACAACAACUUCGAUAAAAUCGUCACAGCCUUGGAGUUCGACUACUCUAUGGAAAAAUCAAGAAAGAACAGCUCUAGUUUCUUACCAUUAAAACUUAAUCUCCCUGGAAUGCCUCGUGAUUACGUCAUUAAGCCAAACAACUACUCUAAAGAUGGACCAGAUGUAGCAGCUGUGAUCUUGUUAAAUGUUGUAUUCAGCUUGAUGAAGACACUCAAAAGGGUUUCCUCCAAAAUUAAAGCAUGCGAGUUGAUCCUUGCUCUAUCUGAAAGGGUCAACGACGAAUGUAAAUUGGACCGGUCCUUACCGUCAUUGUGCUCUUUAUUAGAUGAAUUUGUAGAAAGCUCCUCCAACGCUCUUCAACAGAAUCGUUCACAUGCUCAACUGUUCCAGAGUGUAAAGAUUUCCUCGAAAGUUGCAUGCGUAGCUUUAACUUCCAUCACCACCUUACUCCUUUCCUGUUCUUACAUUACACCUAUAAAUGUGUUGACAUUCCCUGAGUAUUUGUUACCAAAACUUACUAGUAUAGCUCUGUUGAACAUACCCAAGGAUGAGAGUAAUAUGAUCAAGGUUACACUUGCAGGAUGUCUUCCUUACUUGGCAAAUUGCUCGAAGAAAUUUUGGAUGAUGUCCAAGACUUUCAACAGCGAUGCCUUGAAAGAUUACAAUAAAAUUGUUUCCUAUUCAGUGAACGAAAAUUUAAAUGACGAUAUCUUGACGUUGUAUAAUGCAUUGAGUAUCCCGAAGGCACUCUUAGAUGUUCAAUUUGAAGGUUUGACAUUCAUUCUAUUAACUGAUUCUAGCCCUCUGGUGAGGAUCAGUCUUGUGGAAAACAUUCUACCACUUUGCCAUUUUUUUGGAAUCGACAAGACCAACGAAAUAAUCUUACCUCAUUUAAUAUCUUACCUUAACGAAACUAGCACCAUUGGUCUCAAGCUAGCAUUUUUGUCUUCCACUCUUAAAUUGGCUCCAUAUGUUGGAGUUCUCACAUUUGAACAAUAUAUUCUUCCGUUGUUGAUUCAAGCAUUGGGCGACCUGGAGCAAUUUGUUGUUUUGAAAGUAUUAGAGAUCUUUAAUGAAUUCGUCAAGACCAGAUUAAUUAACCCUAGAACUGAAUUUAAUGCUCUAGAGAUUUACAAGGAGCUAUUGUCAAAUUCAAUUAACUUGCUUUUGCAUCCAAACGAAUGGAUACGACAAUCAGUUUUGACAUUGAUAAUUUCAAUCAGUGAGAACUUAACCAAUGCUGAUAGAUAUUGUUUCCUUUACCCUUUGAUUAAAGGGUUCUUAUCGUACGAUUUGUCUGUUAUCAAUUGGCAAACAUUGUAUCCAUGUUUGACUAAGCCCUUGACAAAGCAAGUUUACGAGCUAGCAAUUUCUUGGUGUCUUAAUGCUAGCAAUAAGUCAUUAUUUUGGCAGCAGAAGAACUUUUCAACAUUGAACCAAUUAAAUACAUCUAAGAAGAAGUUGGUGUCCUUCUCAAAGAAUAUGGGUAAGUCUGUCUAUUUACCUAAACUUAACUCCGAAGUGACUUUUGCAAUGGCUAAUGGAAGUACUUCUACACUUCCACUAUCUCCAGAAGACAAACAGUGGCUAAUUAAGUUGAAAUCGGUUGGAUUAGAAGAUAAAGGUUUGUGGAAAGUAUUUAUUUUGCGUGAUUAUAUUUUUCAUAUAGCGAAGUCUGCAAACGGUGGUAACUCCUCCCAAAAUCUUGAUUUAGAAGAGAAGGAGUUUAACAUUGCAGCAGAGAAUCCUAGUAUAACUCCAAGGAAUAUUUUCUUUGAUAUAUGCUACAAGUCAGAACCGUUACUAUCUGGUUCUCGAACUAUCGAAGAGAAUAUUGAUGCCUCGACUAAUCCAGGAGAGUCAGUGUCACUCAAAGACUUCGAAUCAAGACGUGGUUCUGCAUCAUUAAUAUUGCUGAAUUUCAGCAAAGUGAAGGCAUCGGUACAGACUGUUGAAGCCAGUGUUUUUGGCGAACUUGAGACUAGUCAUGAAGUCGGAAAUCCAGAUUCAUAUCACCAGCACCAUCACCAUGUACAUUCAACCAAAAGUUCAAACUCGACGCAUAGAAUGUUUGUCGUCAAUAAAAUGAAAAUGGUAACUGCAAACAUAAAACACAGCUACAGCGGGCUUAAUCCUUACAUGUUGAAUUAUUUGAACAGCAUAGACUUCGAUCCGAGCUUGAGUGAUUUUCCGGAGUUUGGAAAUAUCGUAAAAUCAACAAAGCUGUCCAUGAGUACUGUCACAGAUCAACAGCCGUGGUCUCCGAAGGGUAUUCUCGUAUCACAAAUUAAUUCAGGACGUAAUAGUAAAGGUGAAAUUGAUGGAAUAAAUUGUUUGGUGUCAGGUCCAACUUCUGAAUUUUUUGUCAGUGGAUCUGAAUUAGGAUGGCUUAGAAUAUGGGAUAAUUAUAGAAUGGAAAAGGUAACUUCAGGAAAGCAUUCGAGUCUUUCCGUCAAUCUCAAGUCGACCAUUACAUCGAUCAAGUUCAUUUCUGACAGGUUUGUAAUGGCAGUUACAACAAUCGAUGGAUCAAUCAGAAUUUUUAGGAUUGAUGUAUCUAGAGGGAAAAGUAAGAGAAUCAUAAAGUAUCCAAAAGUGUCAUUAAUACGAAAAUAUGACCUUGUCGACGACUAUAGCUCAGAGGGUGCUUACUUUGUCAAUUGCGAAUUCGUAUUAACAGAGAAGCAAAGUUGGUUGGUUGGUAUUACUUCGAAUUCAAAGGUAGUUUGUUUGGAUAUUAUAAAAAUGGAGAAAGUAUUUGAAUUGGAUAAUCCAUUGAUUCACGGCAUCCCAAAGACAUUCAUCGUCGAUCAUUCAGGUACAUGGCUACUUAUUGGCACAUCACAGGGAAUCAUUUGUUUGUGGGAUCUCAGAUUUAAGUUAUUGACUAAAGUUUGGAAAGUGAAAUUGCAAGAGGGCCAGAGUAUUCUUUCGGGUUACAGUUCUGUUCGAAAGUUGGUGUUGUUACCGUCUGCAUUUAAAUUGAAUUCAGAAUCUGACAAUGGAAUGUCAGAGUCUGGAAAUAAAGCUCCAGCUUCUUAUUUUGUAAUGAUAGGAGGAAGCAGUGAAAGUGAUAUCUCGGUGUGGUCCAUUCCUUCGUUUGAGUGCAAGCUAGUCUUAAGUUCACAUGUGGAUAAUCCUUUUCAGAAGAAAUAUUCACUUGAAGAACUCGACAAUACUGGGAAGGUGUAUGACAUCGAUAGAAUAUUUGAAAAUAUCCGAAUUGAUGUAGAUGGAAUCACUGAUUCGGGAGAAGACUCCAAUCAUAGCAUGACUGCGAUUAAGUAUUUUAGUUUUGCCGAUGGGAAGAAGAAUUAUUUUAUCAGUUCAACAUGGGAUAGAAGAAUUAUCGCUUGGAAUCUAGAUAAUAUCAAAGCUUCUACUUCUUUGAACGUUAGCAAUGAGACUGAUUUUAUCGUCAAUUCAUAUAAUGCCCUGGGGCAACGCUUGAUUAACGAAAUAUUUUUGAAGGAUGCCAAAGCUCCAAACUAUUCACUAGAAGAAUUGGCCAAGUCUCAACUGGACGCAUUGGCGAGACACCAAGAUACAAUUACGGCCAUUGACGUCAUAACGAAGCCAUUUGAAAUGAUAAUAUCUGCUGAUCGUAAUGGCUAUAUCAACUUGUACAAAUAACCGUGCAUCGAAGUUCAGCAAGUGAUUUUGCUAGUUAGGCUGGUGUUUAUGCUUUGUUCUUGCAGUAUUUUCUGUUUCGUCUUAUGUGAGGAUAUGCUGUCUACGUACAAUAGAAUUAUCUAAAGAUCACCAGAACUCAAAUGCACAUAUUAGGGCCGAAAGCUACAUAUAUCCUAAAUAAUUACAUGUUGAGACUUCGCUGGUUAUCUUCUGAAAAAUAGCUGUUCU